AUGUCCCGCCCAAACUCCAAGCCCCCUGCCCACCUCCCCUUCUAUCAUAGACUCCUGUUCCCGACUUGUGCCCCAAAGCAGGUGCCGAGGCUUAUAGACGGCGAGGGCAAAGCCAUCGACGAGAUCAACGAAAAGCUAUACAACCUCAUAGCCCUAUCUCUACGCGCAUACAUCCUCUCAUGGUACACCCGCUUCACCAAAGACCGCACCCUCCUCCCCUCCAUCCACUCUACCAUCCUCCACCCCCUCCUCCACCCUGUCCUUCAGAGGGCGUAUGAUGAACCGGAGUGGCUGGGGGAGUGGGUGGUGUUGGAUCUGGGGACGGUGGUGGGGGUGCAUGUGAGGGUGUGGAAUGAAGCGAGGGGGGCGGUUGCCGUAUUUGGGGGCAACGUCGGGGACGCGUACCAUGCGCGAUUACCUCUUCCCUCCGUCUCUCCCUCUCCCUCUUCCCCCGGUGCACCAUCAUACACGCUCAACCCCACCUACCUAUCAGCCCUCGCAAACGCCAUCAUCCCCCAAAACCAGCCGGAUGUACAACAGCUCAUGGUGCGCGAAGUGCUCGCGCGCGCCGUACUCGGCGGAGGACUGAGGAGGCUGAGCUAUGGUUGGUUCUGGUACGCGCUCAUCUUGCGGUUUGUCGGUGAACCUGGGGAUCCCCUAACAUGGACUUUGUCCGAGCCUCCCACAGACCCAAAGCCCAAAACGCUCGACCAAAUCAUCCUCUCCCACAUCCACUCCCUCCUCUCCUCCCUCACCGCCCUCUACACCCUCAUCCUCUCCCUCUUCACACUAUACACCACCUCCCCUCCUCCUCCUACUCCACAGUUCCAUCACUGCUCCGACUCUUUUCUCGUGAUCGGGCGGGAGCUUUUAGGUAUAGAUGGGUUUGAGGGGGGAGGGAAGAAGUGGGGAAAGAGGUUGGUUUGGGGAGGGGUGGAGAUGGGGGUGGGGUUUGCAGCGCCAUUACUCGAUCGAAUCAUACCACACUUGAUCCAAACCCGCCUCACGCCCGAGCUCGCUCUCCGCCUGCUCGACCUCACCGAACGGCUUCUCUUCCCACUCGACGGUUACCCCGGUCCAUCACCUAUAGAUCCUUCUCCUGCAGAAGCAGCAGAUCUAAGAAACAAGUUGGAAAAGAGGCUUCAAGAGCUGAUCCCUCGGACAAUACAAGUUCUCCUCCUCCCUUGUAAAGACGAUAUAAGUAGGCUUCUGGACCCGAUCAGUGAUGCGGGGUGUAAUGCGCAUUUGAUCGGGAUGUUGUUGGAUGGUGUUGUGGGGGUGUUGAGGCCUGAUCUUGUCGUUGCGAAUGAGGAAAAGGCCCGCGCUGUCGAGACCGGACUAUAG